UCUUCUCUCUCCUUUUCUAGUUGUUGCCAGCGGAUCGAGAGCAGGACGCAGUGCCUUCGAAGUCACCCACUCCGUCGAUCAUCACUCGAUCGUUCCAAGGCAAGCCUCCAUUACUUCGGUGCACUUGCGAUCGUCUGAUUCGGCUUAGGCUGCUAAUCAAAACCGCUAAUUGGUAUUCUGGUCUAACUGGUUCCAGCAGUUGGCUGCCAGAAUCUUGUGUUACUGUUGGCUCUCGCACUGGAUUAAAAUUGAUCAGAGAUGAAAAUGGUGGCUACGGUUCUGUUUGGCAGGGGUAAAGCAUGCCCACUUCCAAAGACUUUUAAGAUAAAUGGCUGAAGAUUUCAAAGACAGUUCGGCCAGGACCGAAGUGAAGUUGUCUGAGAAGGUAGAUGUGGAUGAAAGCCAAAGUUCAAAGUCUAGCUUUACAGACUUAUUUACAAAUGAAAACAAUGUUCAAGAGGAGGGACCUCUCUCAGACAGGGAAUCUGUAAAAUUAGAGAGGGAUAUAUUGAUGGAUGAAUCAGAAAGAUCUCUCAGCAACCCGAUGGUGAAAAUGGAAACUUCACAGACAGUUGAUCGGGUUGGCAGCUCAGAAGCAGAUACUAGUUUUAUAAUCACCAGAGAAAAAGUCAAAGAACUUGAGAAUGAACUUGAAACUGCCCUCGGAAAACUUCGAUAUUCGGAAGCUGAAACCGCUUCGCUAAACUUUCUCCUUGAUGAAACAAAUAACAAGCUGGUGGACAUGAACAAGCACUGUGAAGAACUUGAACUUGGACAGAAGUUGAUGGAAAAUAGAGUUUUAGAAGCUGAACAAAAGUACAAAUCGCAGCUUAUUUCCUUUCUGGAAGCUACAGACAUGAAGGAUAAACAACUUUCUGAUGCAAGGAAAUCAGCUGUUGAAUUGUCCAUGGAACUGGAUGGCUCAAGGAAAAGGAUAAUGGUUCUUGAAGAAGAAUUAGCCACAUCAAUUGAAGAAAUGCAUAAAUAUGAAGAACUAAGCAGACAUCAUAUGUCACAAGAAGGGAUGCAGUCAAUGAAAAUUUUGGAGUUAGAGAACAAAUUGGAACAGGCGCAUAUGAAUGAGAAGUACAUGGAAGUUCAAAUUAGCAACUUAGAAAAGGAAUUGAAGGAACUACACGGUGAAAUUGAAGAGAAACAAGUUCCAGAAGCACUUCAAAUUACUUCAUUAGAACUUUCAAUGUCCCAGGAGAAUUUGGAAAUUUUACAAUCACAAGUAGUUGAGCUGGAACAGAAACUUGCAUCUAAAGAUGCUUUCAUAUAUAAAUUGACUGAAGAAAUGAAUCUUCAUAAGAUUUCUGAACAGAAUUUGCAAGAAGAUGUUACCAAAUUAGAGAAUGCACUUUCUACUUUAGAAGAAGAUCUCAAGAGAAAGCUUGUGCAUUUGAAAGAAUUGGAAAUGGAACUUCAAGAACAAAUGAAGGAAAGAGAAGCGAUGAAAGCUAUUUUCAACAACCAAGAAGUGCAGAUAUCAAGGUUAAAAACUAAUUUAUCUGACUUGACCAGAGAAAAAAUAACUUUGGAGUGUUCUGUUAUGGAUCUUACUAAGAAGUUGUCAGAGCAUGAGUUACAUAGCCAAUUGGAAACUAAAAUAAAUCUGGCCGAUCGGGAGUCCCAAAAAACAAAUUCCAUUCUCUCAGAAACAUUGUCAUACAGAGAGGAUUUGGAGAAAAAGUUAAAAAAUUUUGAACAACUCCAUCAUGAAUCUAGAAUAGUCACAGAAGCUUCUACCAACAGAAACCUUGAGCUAGAAGCUCUAGUCCAGUCAUCAGUUGAAGCUGAAGAGGGUCUUAGAGCACAGAUGAAAGAAAAUGAGAUGAGAUUGGCGCUCAUUGAGAAGAAGAAUAUUGAGCUCGAGCAACAAAUGUAUCUUUCUGAAGUAAAAUGUUCUGAUGCAGAGAAUGAGAAAAAGGAAUUCCAAAAGAAAAUAACACACCUUACUGCUUUGUGGAAAGAAGUAGAUGAAGAAAAUGUGUUACUGAGGCAUCGCUUUAAGAAUUAUGAAGAUAGAAUUGAUCAGUUGGAAUCUUCUUUGAGCAAGUCAUCAUCGAGAAAUUCAGAGCUUGAGAAGGAGCUUAAUGAUCUCCUCAAAACAUGUGUAGAACAUGAGGAACAGACUACUGCCACACAUCAGCGCAGUCUUGAGCUGGAGUACAAGAUCAAUUCAUCUCAUACCAGGGCUGAAGAUGCUGAAAGGAGAGCAGAAGAACUGGAAUUGUCACUGGAAGCUUCUAAUCAUCAUGCUCAGGAACUUGGGCAACUACUCAGCAAUGCAGAAGCAAAACAGAGAGAUGCUGAAGCUGAAUUAAAUCUUCAUACUAGCAAGGUCUAUGAUCUUAGCACAAAACUUGAAGUAUGUCAAGCACGAUCAGUGACUCUUGAAUCUAUGCUUCAAGCUACAAAUGAAAAGGAGAGGGCAUUACAGGAUGUUCUCAAUUCAGCUACUGAAGGAAAAAGGUUUUUUGAAAACUUGUCUAAGACUCAGGAGAAACAACUUCAUGAAUCUAAGAAUCAAAUUCAAAUUUUGCAAAAAGAGCUCAAGUACUUAAGAGAUGAAACAGAAAGUGUUCAAGAACAAAUAGCAGUGUCGAGUGAUCGAGAGAAGGAACUACUUGAGAAGCUAAAAUAUGAUGAAGACAAAGUGAAACAGCACAUAAAGGCUGUGGAGGAACUUACUACAAUGAAUUUGGAGUUGAAUUCGUUAAAUGAAUCUUUAAUGAAGGAUUCAGAGUUGAAACUCCAGAGUGAAGCAGCAAGAUUCAAUCAAAAGCAGUCCGAAGCAAGAGAAUUGAUUGACAAGUUAAAAGCUACUGAAGAAGAAUUGGCGUUUUCUAAACAACAGUUUGCUGAAGUAACUGAAUAUGCCAAAUCACUUAAUGCAGAGUUAAGUAUGAAAGCAAUGAAAAUCAAUUCUCUUGAAAGCAAUGUCGAGGAACUUAUGCAUGAGGUGUCAGAAGCUAACAGAAAAAAUGAACAGACAUUUGCUGACCAUGUAUUGUUGGCUACAUCUAACUCAAAAUUAAAGGAGGAGUUAGAAGCUCACCAGCGCAAAGUCGUUGAACUAGAUAAUUGGUUUAAAUCCAUCCAUGAUGAGAAGGAACAACUGCAUGAAACCAUUGAGAAAUACAAACAAAAUGAAAUGGAAACCAAACAACUUCAUGAGAAGAUACUUGAACUUGAAGCUCAAUUGAGGAUUUAUGAAGAACAAGCUCGUGAGUCUGCUGUUACUGCAGCAGUUCAGAAUGGGAAACUUGAAAAGUCACUUUCCAAAUUGCAGGAUUUGGAAAGACAUGUUGAGGUGUUGAUGGAAGAAUCUGAUCAGCUUAAAAAUGUGAAUGACCAUUUAACUAAAGAUAAUAUGAGUUUCUCUGAGGAGCUUGCAAAUUGCAGGAUAAAAGUGAAUGAAUUAAGAUCAGCAUUUGAAGAAGCUAUUACGGAAAAAGAGAACAUGUUUAUGCAACUUCACUCUUAUAAGCAAGAAAUGGAGCAUCACGUGAAACUUUUGAACUUUGAUAAGGAGGAACUCCAAUCACAGAUAACCUCCAUUAUGGAUGAGAAGAACCUACUCAAUGAAACGUACCAAAUGUUGAAGGAGGAAUUUGAAACAACUAUAGUUAAAUUGGAGGAAGAACUAAGCAAAAUGAAGGAAAGGGAUAUAUCUCUUACUUCACUUGUUGAAAGUCAUAAAAUAGACUUAUCUAAGAAAUCUCUUCUGCAAGCACACAUUUCCGAACUUGAAGAGAAGCUUAGGUAUGUCGAUGUGCAACUUGGACAUCAUAUAAAAUCUGUCGAAGAAGUUACUGCAAGAAAUUUGGAGUUGAAUUCAUUAAAUGAAUAUUUAGUCAAAGAUUCAGAAUUGAAGCAGCAAGAAGCAGCAACAAGUUUCAAGCAAAAGGAGUUUGAAGCUAGGGAGUUGCUUGAGAACAUAAAAUCUAUUGAAGAGAAGCUCACAUAUUACAAAGAUAAGGCACUACAAGCCACUGAAACAGUUGCUUCACUUCAGAUGGAGUUGGCAUCAAAUGCAAUGAAAGUGACUGCCCUUGAAAACAAAGUUGAGAAACUUAACCAAAACAUCCUGGAAACUGAUCUAAGACUUCAGGAAACACAAGCUGAAAAUGAAUUGUUAGCUACAUCAAACACAAAGCUUAAGAAGGAGCUUGAAUCUAACCAGCACAAAGUCAAUGAGCUUACUGAUUCAUUAAAAUUGAUUGAUGCUGAGAAGGAGGUUACUAUGGAGCAACUUGUUUCUCAUGCAGACACCAUAGCCAAGUUGAUGGAGGAACACUCACGUGGUUUGGAAUUCCAAUCCAAAACUGAAUUGUGUCUUAAAGAAAAUGAAUCCCUGCUCCAUGAAGCUAUCGAGAAACACAAGCAGAGAGACUUGGAAGCCUUAGAUCUGCAUGAAAAGCUACUUGUACUGGAAACUCAGCUGAGAGCUACCCAAAAAGAAGCUACUGAUUCAGCUAUUGUUGUAACAACUCAAAGGGGCCAAUUGGAAGAAGCACUUUCUAGAGUACAAGUUCUAGAAGGAAUUGUUGAGCAAUUGCAAAGCAAAUCUGAUCAAUUUAAAAAUGAGAAUGAAGAUAUAAUCAGAAUCAACCUUAGAUUCUCUGAGGAGCUUGCACAACAUGAGAACAAAAUGAAUCAUUUAAAGGUGCAACUUAUUGCAGCUACUACAGAGAAAGAGGCUAUAUCAAUGCAGCUUCAACACUCUAAGAAAGAAGUAGAGGACCUCGAGAAAUUGCUUUACUCUGACAGAGACAAACUCCAAUCACAGAUAACAUUUAUCAUGGAAGAAAACAACAUGCUGAGUAAAACAUAUGAGAAGGAAAAGAAGGAAUAUGAAGGUACUAUGGUCCAAUUGGAGGGGAAACUGGAAGAAUUGAAGACCAGCGAAUUUACCCUUGAUUCUCUUGUGGAAAUUCUUAAAGCAGAGUUGUGUGAGAAAUUGUUUUUACAAACUGAACUAGAAGAAAAACUUAGAUAUGCUGAAGAACAGUUGGAAUAUCAGAAAAAAUCUGCUGAGGAAAUUACUUCAAGGAGCUUUGAUUUGAAUUCACUAAAUGAAUCAUUGGUCAAGGAUUCAGAGCUGAAGCUUCAGGAAGCAGCAGAGAAAGUCAUGCAGAAGGAUUUAGAAGCUCAAGAGUUGCUUGGAAACUUAAUAUCACUGAAAGAGGAGCUUUCAUUUUACAAAGAACAAGCAGGGGAAUCAACUAAAAUUAUCACAUCGCUUAAGAUGGAAUCGGGGCUGAAUGCAGUUAAGUUAGCUUCUCUUGAAAAUGAUGUCAGUUGCCUUCAGGAAAAGUUAUCAGAAGCCAAUCUAAGAUGUGGACAGACACUUGCUCAAAACGAGCUAUUAGCUACAACAAACUUAAAGCUCAAGGAGGAGUUGGAAAUAAAUGAACUCAAAGUUAAUGAACUUAAUGAGUUGUUGAAGCCAAUGCAUGAUGAGAGGGAGGCUACUAUUGAACUACUCAUGUCUCAUGCAAGCACCACAGAAAAAUUCAUUGACAACCAUUCAAAGGGGGUGGAGCUCCAGUUUGUAGCUGAAUCUUGUCUCAAAGAAUAUGAAGCUAAACUGCAUGAUGUUAAUGAGAAACACAAAGAAGAGUUAGAUGCUUACCAGCAUAAAGUUGGCGAGCUCCAUGAGUCAGUUGAAUCCCUAAAUGCUGAAAAGGAGGCUACUUUACAUGAAGCUAUUGAGAAACAUAUGCAGAAAGAUUUGGAGGCCAGAGAACUGCAGGAGAAGCUGCUUACACUGGAAACCCAGUUGAGAACUUAUGAAAAACUGGCUAGUGAGUCAGCUAUUGUUGCAGAAACUCAGAAGGACAAACUUGAAGAUGCACUUUACAAAGUGCAGUAUCUGGAAGAUCUUAUCGAACAAGUGAAAAGCAAGUUGGAUCAAUUCAAAAAUGAGAACGAAAGUUUAUCCAAAAAUAACUCGAGUUUAUUUAAGGAGCUUGCCUCAUACGAGACAAAGAUAAAUGAAUUGCAAUUAGCAUUUGAUGUUUCUGUUAAAGAGAGAGAAGAUAUUUCCAUGCAACUCCAUCAUUCUAGAAAAGAAAUGGAAGAUGUUAUGCAAAUGCUUAACUAUGACAAGGAGAAACUCCAGUCUCAGGUAGCCUCUGUUAGAGAAGAGAAUAUUGUGCUCAGUGAAAUGUAUGAAAAGACAAAGAAAAAACUUGAAGAAACUAUUGCCCAACUAGAAGAAAAACUAAGUGAGCAGAAGAUAAGGGAAUUCUCGCUCAAUUCUAUUGUGGAAACUCUUAAAGCAGAAAUCACUGAGAAAUCCCUUAUAUUUGAACAAAAUAUCACUUACACAGAAAAACAGUUAGAACAACAAAGAAACUUUGUGGCAGAAUUUACAGCAAAAAACAUGGAGUUAAGUUCUUUAAAUGAAUCCUUAAUCAAGUCAAGAGAUUUAGAAUUCCUGGAAGCAGCUGCUAGCUAUCAGCAAAAGGAGACUGAAACUAGAGCAUUGCUGGAAAAAAUCAGUUAUUAUGAAGAACUAUUGACAUUUUAUAAAGAACAGGCACUAGAAACUGCAGAGAGUGUCUCUUCACUUAAAGCAGAGUUGGCUGAGAAUGUGGAAAAAGUUGUUUCUCUUGAUAACAAUAUUGAGGAGCUUAAGAAAAAAGAAUUGGAAGGAAAUCUAAGAUAUGAAGAAUUAAUAUCUGAAAACCAGUUGUUGGCCACAUCAAACUCUAAGCUCAAGGAAGUGUUGGAUGAUCACCAGCACACAGUCAAUGAACUUCAUGAGUUGUUGAAAUCCAUCCAUGCUGAGAAGGACGUUAAUGUGCAGCAACUUGCCUCUCAUGCAAAAACCAUCAAGGAAUUGACUGACGAGCAUUCAAGGGGCUUGGAGAUCCAAUUUAUAACUGAAUCUCGUUUGAAAGAAAAUGAAGCCCAGUUGAAUGAAGCUAUUGAGAUACAAAAGCAGAGAGAAUUGGAAGCAAGAGAUUUGCUAGAGAAGCUGCUUGCACUUGAAACUCAGGUGAGAAUGUAUGAGCUUCAGACUAGUGAAUCGGCUGUUGUUGCAGCAAGCCAGAAGGGCAAAUUAGAAGAGUCACUUUCUAAAAUACAGGAUCUAGAGGGGCUUAUUGAGCAACUUAAAUGUAAAUUGGAUCGAUGCCAAAGUGAGAAUGAAGGUUUGUCCAGAAAUAACACGAGUCUAUCUGAGGAGCUUGCAGAGUUUCAAGUAGCUGUAGAUGCAGCAAUUUUAGAGAAAGAGAAUUUGUCCAUGCUGAUUCAUUCAUCUAAGAGAGAGAUGGAGGACCUUAUGCAAGUACUCAUGUCUGAUAAAGAGAAACUCCAUUCCCAGAUAACCCCAGUUGCAGAAGAAAAUACUAGGCUCACUGAGAUGUACCAAAAAAUAAAGAAUGAACUUGAAACAACUACAAUCCAACUAGAAGAAAAAAUAAGUGAACAGUAUUCAAGAGAACUUUCUCUUUGUUCUCUUGUGGAAAGACUUAAAGAACAGUUGUCUGAUAAACUGCUUGACCAAGAAGCAUUAGAACAAAAGCUUAGUUAUGCUGAAGAACAGGUGGUGCAUCACAAAAGGUUUCUGGAAGAAGUCACUGCAAGAAACAUGGAGUUGAAUUCGUUAAAUGAAUCUUUGUUGAUAACUACAGAGUUGAAACUCCAGCAAUCAGAGUUAAGUUACCAGAAGAAAGAGUCUGAAGUGCAAGAAUUCCUUGAGAAGUUAAUUUCUCUCGAAGUACAAUCGACAUUUCAUAGAGAACAAUCAUUAGAAGCUUUUGGGACUAUCACUUCACUUAAAGCAGAGUUGUCGGUGAAUGCAGUGAAAGUGGUUUCACUUGAAAAGAGUUCUGAGAAACUCCAGCAAAAGUUAUCCAAAGCCAAUCAGAGAGUUGAAAAGAUAGAAGCAGAAAAUGAGUCCUUGACUGUAUCAAACUUAAUGCUCAAGGAAGAUUUGGAUGGUCAUCAUCAUAAAGUCAACGAGCUUAGUGAAUUAGUGAAAUUUGUUCAAGCCGAGAAGGAGUCUACUGUUGAGAAACUUGCUUCUCAUGCAAACACCAUAGAAAAAUUGACAGAGGAACAUUCAAGAGGCUUGGAGCUUCACCUUGCGACUGAAUCUCAUCUCAAAGAACAUGAAUUCCUAUUGCGAGAAGCUAUGGAGGCACAUAAACAGAGAGAUUUGGAUGCCAUACAGUUGCAUGAGAAUCUCCUAGUUCUUGAAAAUCAGUUGAGAAUUUAUGAAAAACAAGCUAGUGAUUCAGCUGUUGUUGCAUCAAUUCAGAAGGACCAAUUGGAUGAAUCACUUUCAAAAAUAGAGGAUCUGGAAGGAAUUGUUCAGCAAUUGAAGAGUAAGUUGGAUCAAAGUCAAAGUGAGAAUGAUGAUUUAUUCCGAAAUAAUAUAAGUUUAUCUGAGGAGCUGGCUGGAUAUCACAGUAAAAUAAAUGAACUGCAAAUAAUUUAUGAUGCCACUGUUUCAGAGAGAGAAUACAUAUCCCUGCAACUUCUUUCAUCCAAGAAAGAAAUGGAAUAUGUCAUACAAGAUCAUAUGUCUGAAAAGGAGAAACUACAGAUUCAGAUAGACCUAGACAAAGAAGAGAACAUCAGGCUCACAGAAUUGUACUCAAAAAUGGAGAAGGAACUCAAAUCAUCCAUAGUACAAUUAGAAAAAAAGCUAGAGGAACGGAUGGAAAGGGAAUUCUCUCUUGUUUCUCUCAUGGAAGGGCUCAACUUAGAAUUAUCAGAGAAAGUUGCAGAGCUCGCUGUGAAUGCAACGAAAGUGGUAUCUCUUGAAAACAUCAUUGACAAGUUUAAGCAAAAUGUAUCUGAAGCUAAUCAAAGAGGUGAAGAAAUGGUAGAAGCAAAUAAGUUAUUAGCUAAAUCAAACUCAAUGCUCAAAGAAGAACUAGAGGUUCAUCAGCAUAAAGUCAAUGAACUUAAUGAAUUAGUGAACUCUGCUCAUGCUGAGAAGGAGGUCAUUGUUAAAGAACUUGCCUCUCAUGCAAGCACCAUAGAAAAAUUGGCUGAGGAACAUUCGAGAGGCUUGGAGCUCCACCUUGCAACCAAAUCUCGUCUUAAAGAAAAUGAAAGCCUCUUGCAAGAAGCUAUUCAGAAACACAAGCACAGAGAUUUAGAAGCCAGAGAAUUGCAUGAGAAAGUACUUGUGGUUGAAACUCAAUUGAGAACCUACGAAAAAGAGGCCAGUGAAUCAGCUGUUGUUGUUGCUAGUAAGAAGGACAAAUUGGAAAAGUCACUUCUCAAAAUACAGGACCUGGAAGAAAUUGUUGAGCUAUUGGAAAGCAAGUUGGAUCAGUGCAUAAUUGACAAUGAUGAUUUGUCCCAAAAAAAUUUGAGCCUAUCUGUUGAGCUUUCCAUGUAUGAAACAAAAAUAGAUGAGCUGCUAAGAGAUUUUGAUGCAGUUGUUUCACAGAAAGAGUACAUAUCCAUGCAGCUUCAUUCAUCCAAGAGAGAAAUGGAGGAGUUCACGUGCCUUAUUAAGUCUGAUAAAGAGAAGCUCCAGUGCCAGGUAACCUCAGCCAUUGAAGAAAACAUAGGGCUCUCUGAGUUGUACCUAAAAACAAAGAAGGAACUCGAAGCGAGCACAGUCCAACUCGAAGAGAAAAUAAAUGAACAGAAAGAAAGGGAAAUCUAUUUUGUUUUUCUUGUGAAAAGCCUCAAUUCUGAACUGUCUGAUAAAGUAGCAGAUUUAGCUGUGAAUGGUAGAGAAGUGGGUUCUCUUGAAAAUAGUAUUGAAGAGCUUAAGCACAAGGUAUUGGAAACCAAUCAAAGAGGCAAAGAGAUAGUAGCGCAGAAUGAGUUGUUGGCUACAUCAAACUUGGCACUUAUGGAAAAGCUGGAGGAUCAUCAACAUAGAAUCAACGUGCUUGAUGAAUUGGUGAAAUCCAUCCAUGAAGAGAAGGAGGCUUUUGUCGAGAAACUUGCCUCCCAUGCAAGCACCAUAGAGCAAUUGACUGAGGAACAUUCGAGAGGUUUGGAGUUACAGUUUGCAACUGAAUCUCACCUCAACGAAAGUAGAGGACAAUUGCAUGAAGCUAUCGAAAAACACAAGAAGAGAGAUGUGGAAGCUAGAGAUUUACAAGAGAAGCUGCUAUUGUUUGAAAAUCUAUUGAGAACAUAUGAAGAACAUGUUAUAGAGUCAGCUGUUUGUAUUGUUAUUCAGGAGGACAAGUUGGAACAAUCCUUUCUCAGGAUACAGCAUCUGGAAGAAAAUGUUGAACAAUUGCAUAACCAGUUGGACCAAUACAAAAUUGACAAUGAAGGUUUCUCCAGAGACACCUUGAGUCUGCGUGAAGAGCUUUCCAUUUGUGAUGCAAAAAUACACGAGUCGCAAAUAGCUUUUGAAGCAGUUGUUUCAGAGAGAGAAGAUAUAUUUGUUCAACUUCAUUCAACUAAGAGAGAAAUAGAGGAUCUCAUGCAACUUCUUAGGUCUGAUAAAGAGAAAUUCCAGUUGGAGGUAACUUCUAUUAUGGAAGAGAAGAUUGUGCUAAAUGAGAUUUACCAACACACACGAAAAGAGCUUGAAUCAACUAUAGCCCAAUUGGAAGAGAAACUGAGUGUGCUGAAGGCAAGGGAACUAUCUCUUGAUUCUCUUGUGGAGAGUCUCAAGGCAGAAUUGUCUGAGAAAUCUCUUAAGCAAGAAGCAAUUGGGCAAAAACUUAGUCACACAGAAGAGCAGUUAGAACAUUAUAGAAAAUCUUUGGAGGAAUUCACUGCAAGAAACAUGGAGUUAAAUUCACUAAACGAAUCCUUAACCAAGAAUUCUGAGUCUGAAGUGAGAGAGUUGCUUGAGAAGUUGAAUUCCUGUGAAGAACAAACCAUGUUCUAUAAAAAACAGUCACUACAAGCUUCUGAAACUGUAUCUUCAGUUAAGGCUGAGCUUGCAGAGAAUGCAGUGAAAGUGUUUUCUCUUGAGAACAAUGUCAAGGAGCUUCAGCAAAAGGUAACCAAAGAUAAUCAAAGAGUUCAAGAGAUACUAGCAGAAAAUGCUUUGCUGACCAUAUCAAACUCAACACUCAAGGAAGAGUUGGAGGCUAAUCAGCAUAAGGUCAACAAGCUUAAUGAGUUGGUGGUGUCUUUCCACUCUGAAAAUGAGGCUACAACUGAGCAGCUUUCCUCUCAGGCAAGCAUCAUACAGAAACUGACUGAGCAACAUUCGAGGAGCUUGGAGCUGCAGCUGCAAACAGAAUCUUGUCUUAGAGAAAAGGAAUCUCAGUUAUAUGAAUCUAUUGAUGGUCAUAAGCAGAGAGAUCAGGAAGCUACACAUUUGUAUGAGAAGCUUCUUUUGCUAGAAAUUCAGUUGAGAAUAUAUGAGGAACACGCUAAUGAGUUCGCUGCUGCUGGCGCUGCUCAAAAGGAAAAACUGAAAGAAUCACUUUUCAGAAUACAGGAUCUGGAAGGACUCGUGGAGCAAUUAAAAAGUAAAAUCAACCAACUUGAAAGUGAGAAUGAACAUUUAACGAGACACAACUUGAGUUUGUCUGCUGAACUUACUGCAAAAGAGACCAAAAUAAAUAAUUUGCAAGUAGAAUGUGAUGCAGCUGUUGGAGAGAAAGAGGAUGUAUCCAUGCACCUUUAUUCUUCUAAGAGAGAAAUGGAAAAUCUCAUGCAAGUGUUGAAUUCUGAAAAGGAGAAUCUCCAGAGCCAGAUAAUUUCUAUCAUGGAAGAGAAGAUUGUGCUUGAUGAAGUAUAUCAAAAGACAAUAAAAGAACAUGAAGCAACUAUAGUUGAAUUGGAAGACAAACUAAUGGAACAGAAGGCAAGGGAUUUUUCUCUUUCUUCUAUGGUCGAAAAUCUCAAUGCAGAAUUAUCUGCAAAAUCUGUUGUGCUAGAAGAACUGAGACAAAAUCUAACUUUUUCUGAAGAACAAUUGGAGCAUCACAGAUUUUCUGUGGCAGAAGCUACAGCCAGAAAUUUGGAGUUAAAUUCAUUAACUGAAUCUCUACUCAAGAAUUCAGACUUGAAACUCCAGGAAGUCACAGCAAGCUUCAAAGAAAAGGAAUCUGAAGCAAUGGAAUUACUUGAGAAGUUUAAUUCACUUGAAGAACAAUUGGCAUUUCAUAAAAAACAAGCCUCGGAAGCUACCAAAAUUAUUGCUUCACUUAAAGAAGAAUUGUCUGUGAAUUCAUUGAAAGUGAUUUCUUUUGAAGCCCAUGUUGAGGAGCCUAAGGAAAAGGCAUCUGAAAACAAUCUAAUGGGCGAGGAACAACUGGCAUCGAACUUAAAACCCAUGGAAGAGUUAGCUGCUCAACACGAUAGAGUCAAUAAGGUUGAUGAGUUAUUGGAAGCCAUCCAUUCUGACGACUAUAUUGUUGAGAAACACACCUUUUAUUCUAGCAGCAUAUUAACAUCAACUGAGGCACAUUCAAGAGGUUUGGAGCUCCAAUUUACAACUGAAUCUUGUUUCAAGGAAAAUGAAGCCCGGCAACAUGAGUCUGAUGAAGAACAAAAGGUGAGAGGGUUGGAGGCUGGAGAGAUGCUAGAGAAUCUGCUUUCACUGGAAACUCAUUUGAGAACUUUUAAAGAGCUGGCAUCUCAAAAGGAAGAGAUGGAAGCUACAGUACUAGUGCUUGACCAUGAAAAUAAGAAACUUCAUUCGCGGAUAACCUCUGUUUUGGAAGAGAACAUCAUGAUCAGCAGAAUGCAUGAGAAGGCAAUUGAAGAACUUGAAGCAACUAUUGUCUUAUCUGAAGAAAAAUUAGGCCAAUAUAAAGCAAAUGAGUUCUCUCUUAAUGCUCUUGUAGAAAAUCUUAAAGCAGAACUGUCUGAUAAAUCUAUUUUGAAAGCGCACAUUUUGGAGCUUGAACAAAAGAUGCUAUUAUCCAAGGAAAGUUAUACGAAAGAGGUUGAAAGUUUGGUCUCUGCAGUUGCAGAGAAGGAUGCAGAACUAACUGCAAGAAUGAAGGGUCAUGCAAGCUUGAUCCAUGAAAAAAAUUCCUUGGACAAACAGUUAAAGCAAAUUUUAAGGCAACUUGAUAUGGCACAUAGAACCAUAAUGGAACAGAAAAAAUUGUUGAUAGCAAAGGAGUUCAAAAAUCAAGCUCUGAAGCGGUCAUUUGACUCAUUCGAGUGUAACAAGCAACCAGAAAAACAAGUUGAGGAGCUUAAGCACAAGCUGCUAGAAGCCGAAACACAGUACAAGGAUAAGGUUAAAGAAGAAGCUAAAAAGGUUAGAAUUCUCCAAGCGGAACUUAACCAAUUAAAACUUAAACUCAGUAAGACUGCUGAAAUGGAAAUGAAGAUUAUCAAUCUUGAGAAUGCAUUGAAGUUGGCUUGCACAACAAAUGUGAGAGAGGUCAAGAGAAUACCUUCUCCAGCUGAAAUGAAGAUUGCAAUGGAGGUGACAUCAAGAGAUCCUGGAUUGGACACCUCAGCACUCAAGAUCACAAGUAAAUGGGCACACCAUGAUACCGAGGGCGAAUUCCCUAUUGUUCACGUCGAUGCAGAUCCUUCAGUAAUCAUGGCCUUCAAGUUUAUCUUAGGAGUGGCAUUAGUUUCGGUAUUCAUUGGAAUUAUUCUCGGGAAGAGAUACUAGCAUGGUUUUGGUAAUUUAGUUUCUUUCUCUUUGUUGUGUGUAUAAUCUCUUUUGUUUUUUGCAUUCCAAAAGCUUCACCGGAAGCAGCAGUAGCAUCGUAAUUCUUGUCAUUCGUUAGGGAAUCAAAUACAACAAUUGAUUCCCUACAUUUUGUGUUGGGUUAUGAAUCUAUUUUUGUUCGAUUCCUACCCGACGGUGUGCAGUAGGGGACUGCAUGCCAAUUUGAGUUUCUAUUUUUAAUCAUGUAAACAACCUUAACUUGUGUUUGUGUAUAGUGUUUUGUGAUAGUAGUUGGUUUGCUGAAUAAGAAAUUUUUCAAGGCUGAAGAAGCCAAGGAGCA